UAUCCCCGUAGAAGAAAAAGAAGCCGCUCAUGGUCGAGACUGGAGUUAGUGUGUUUCAGCUGUUUCAGUCUAACCCACUCCUUAUCUUACUGACCAGUAAACAUCUCAGAGUGGUUUCUUUCAGGAGAUCAGAUACUUCCGGGUGCGAGCUACUGGGACAUGAUCUUUAGAACAGAUCUGAAGUCACACUGGGAAAGCAGGGAAUUGCAGAAGUGCGAUGGAUAAAGUCAUUAACUGUUUUAGUAAAAGGCCCGAGGCCGUAGCGAGGCUGAUCUGUUUUCCGUGGGCAGGUGGAGGCUCUAUCCAUUAUGCACGCUGGGGAAGACUCCUUAACCCGUCCAUCGAAGUGUAUUCAGUCCGAUUGCCUGGAAGGGAAAGUCGAGGUAAAGAACCUUUCCUCCAGAACAUGCAGCAGAUCCUGGAUGAGGUCCUCGAUGUGCUUCUACCGGAGCUUAAAGAGAAACCAUUUGCUGUUUUUGGACACAGUUUUGGUGCCAUGACAAGCUAUGCUUUCACUGAAUAUGUGAAGAAGGUGUACGAUCUCCAGCCUGUGCACGUGUUUCUCUCAGGAGCAUCUGCACCUUAUUCUGAAACUAGGUUGCAAAGCCCACGCAGAAGCCACCUGUCUGAUGAAGAAUUUCUCCAGUGGAUGAUCUCUCUUGGAGGAACUCCUCCUGAAAUCCUGGCCAAUCCUGAGGCGCUGAAGCUCUUCCUGCCAGCCUUGAGAGCAGAUCUGAACGUAGUAGAGAACUACAGGUCUAGCAGACCAACAUCCCCUUUCCUGUCAUGUCCAGUGUCAUGCUUUGACGGCAAGGAGGAUUUGCCACAUGACCUGCAAGCAUUCAAAGACAUGACCAGUGGAGAUUUCUCUGUACAGAUGCUGCCUGGAUCACACUUCUAUCUAAAAGACUCAGCAAAUGAGAAGGUCAUACUGGACUACAUCACAAAACAUAUAGAGACAGCUGAGAUGGACUACUUGUAGAAAUUUUGGAUUGUCACUCCUCCUGGGGUUUUUACAAACCAAGUGUUGUGCUACUGAACAUGUUUAAAGGGAAAGCAUGAACCUGAGAGUCUUAGUUGAAAUCCUAGAAAUCACGCAAGACAUUCCUAUAUUUCAUAAUUAUAUAUGAGCAUUAAUUCAUUCAUUAAUUAUCACCUUAAUCAGACCUAUUUGAUAGACAUCAUGCUAGUAAAGGAUUUCUUACAGUUAAGAUCAUUUACAUAUACAGUACUUGUUAGCUAAUUUUCAAUUUUUGUGAAAUGUCACUUCUGAAUCUGAUCAGUUUCUCGUCUGAUUAUAAUCUCUUCUUCACUGAUUAUGAUUUCUUUUCUAAAAUGGACAAAAAUCAUCUGUAUCACUCAUGUGUACACUGAGCUUAGUCAAACACUAGACAUUUAAUAAGGUUAAUCAUGAGCCAAUAAGAUGCACAACGAUUAAAAUAUUAGGGCUCUCGCUUGUAUGAUGAUAUGAUUAAUUAGUUAUUGAAAUCAGAAAGUAGUCAUUAAAAUCCUCACUCAGGAGUCUUGGACUGGAUCUCAUCAUCAUCAUCAUCAUCAUCAUCACCAUCAUCCAUUCACUUUCCUAGAAGUGCUGAGGUAAUGAAAUACGUUAGAAAUAUCUAUUAAUCGGACGUCAUAUUGGACAGCAGUUAUACAUGAAUAUGUUUGAAUAAAUUAAAAUGUAUUAAAUAAACAAAUAAAAUUUAUUUGAAUAAAUAAAAA